GCCGACUCCCCGCUGAGCAGGGAGGCCAAUGUGGGGCUUGAUCCCAGAACCCUGGGAUCAUGACCUGAGCCAAAGGCAGAUUCUUAACUGACUGAGCCACCCAGGUGCCCCCAUCCAUCUCCCCAGUAUUAUUGUUGAGAUUCUUAUUCCUAAUUCUUUUUCAUUUUUUCUCUGGAAAUGUAGGAUUCUCUUUGCCAGUGUACUGAAAUUUUACAGUAUGUGCCUUAGCAUGGGGCUGUUUUCCACUGUUCUGGGCACUUGGUGGGUCCUUUUAAUCUGGAAAGUCAAGCUCUUCAAUUCUGGGAAAUUUUCUUGAAUUAUUUUUUAUUUAAAAGAGCGAGUGCAUGAGUGUGCAGAAAGAAAAUCUUAAGACUGACUCCUGGCUGAGCACAAAGCUCUAUGCUGGGCAGGAUCUCAGGGCCCAUGAGAUCACCACCUGCCCUGAAACCAAGAGUAGGAUGUCAACCAAUUGAGCCAUCCAGGCGGCCCUUCUUGAAUUGUUUAAUAACUUCCUACCUUCAAUAUUCUCUUUUCUCCAGAUCUUUUUUAAACAAAUGUUAGACUUCAUUGACCUUUCUCAUCUUUCCUUUUCCUUUUUUUUUUUUUCCUUUGCUCUUUGGAAGAUUUCUUUAAUUUUACUUUCUAAUCCAUAUAUUGGGAUUUUCAUUUCUGGUGUAAUUUUAAUUUCUAUAAGCUUAUUUUUUCUUUGUAUAUUUGAAUGUGUAUUGGAAUGUAUACAUUCGAAGAAAAACUAACACAUACCUAUCCUUGUUUCUUGGAUGCAGUGUCUUACCUCUAUGAAGAUGAUAGUGAUAAUUUUCAUUUGCCUGCAUAGUCCAUCCCCUUCAAGUUGCUUUUUACCCUACUUUUUAAUUAAGCAUAAAUGUAUAUAUACAUAAUUAUAACCAGAACAAAAUAUUGAGUAAGAAUGAAAAGAAAAUUACAGAGUAUGUGGAAUUACAACCAUUUCCCCAAAUAUUUAAAGGAUUUCCUCCUGUGCUGGAAGUAAAACGAUGUCAAGUUACAGUAGUCAGUGUUUUAAACCUAGGACAUAGUUUUGAGUGAAGUUUGCUGGCUGGAAUGAGGUGUGAAGUGACUUUACAUGGACUGGGGCAUGUGAUGCUGACAAAGCAAAGUAAGGAUUACUCUAAAAUUCAAAUCUGUGCCUAUAAAGGUGCAAAUUUAGCAUUCUCUGGCAUUGGCAAUGGAAAUAAUAAAAAUAUAGUAAAAUUUUCAGAAGUUUUACCGCUAUCAGUGUUUUUACCACUAUCAGUGACUGCUUAAAGGACUAGAUCUAAUUUAAGUGCAAAGGGAAGGAAAAUACAUUAUUGAGUUCCUAUUAUGUACCAGACAUUAAUCUGAAAUUGUAAAAUACAUUCCCCCAACAAUCUCUACUGUUUUAUUCAUCUGAACUGUAUUACGUCUUAUUUGCCUUUGUAUCCCAGUGCCCAGUACGGUGUCUCAUAACCAGCACUCCGAAGAUGUUGAAUGCAUACAAAGGAAGAGGGAAUCUUGUCUUUCAUUUACUUUUCUAUGUAAAGGGAAGGAGCUAAGUCUGGGUUGCAUUGUAGAUAUUCUGAACGUUUAAUUAUAUUUCUAUAAUUAAGUUGGAGUAGUUAUCAAUUUAUCUUGCGGGUAGUAUAACAAUCCAGAACAGUAACGGCGUUUUAACUCGAUGGAAAACGGGUCCUCUGUGCGGGAGAGGCUGGGCUGUGAGGCCUAUCAGCGAGGUAGCAUGUCGAGGGCCCUCCAAUCAUCCACAGAGGCUGUGGCCCCGCCCCCGGCGGUCAGCCUCUCACCGGUGGGGGCUGAGGCGUCGGUGGUAAAGUGUGCCUUGGUCACAUCCGCGGCGCGGAGUGGCGUCUGGGAACCAGCCAUGACUGCCAAAGAUUAUCCCUCAUUAUGGGGCUUUGGAACAACAAAAACGUUUAAAAUUCCUGUGGAACAUUUGGAUUUCAAGUAUAUUGAAAAAUGUUCAGAUGUUAAACACUUGGAAAAAAUUUUUUGUGUGCUCAGGUCUGGUGAGGAAGGAUAUUAUCCUGAACUUACGGAAUUUUGUGAAAAGCGCCUUAAAGGCUUGGCUCCUGAAAGUAGAGCUUUGAGGAAAGAUAAACCUGCAGCAACAGCAUCCAGUUUUACAGCAGAAGAAUGGGAAAAAAUUGACGGUGACAUAAAGAGUUGGAUAUCGGAAAUUAAAAAAGAAGAAAAUAAAAUGCACUUUCAUGAAACUGAAACACUUCCAGCAAAGGAAGAUAAUUUGCCUCCAGUUCGUGGUUCACGUAGCCAUCUUCAUGUUAGUAAGGAAAAAUAUUCUAAUAGCAGACGACCUAAAAAGAAAAUUCCGAGGGAUUAUGCAGAAUGGGAUAAAUUUGACGUGGAAAAGGAAUGUUCAAAAAUUGAUGAAGAUUACAAAGAAAAAGCUGUAGUAAACAACAAGUCACAUUUGUCUAAAAUUGAGACAAGAAUAGACACAGCAGGUCUAACUGAGAAGGAAAAGACUUUUCUUGCUACUCAUGAAAAGGAAAAAGGAAAUGAAGCUUUCCAUUCAGGAGACUAUGAAGAGGCUGUGAUGUAUUAUACUAGGAGUAUAUCAGUGCUCCCCACAGUGGCGGCCUAUAACAAUCGUGCUCAAGCAGAACUCAAACUACAGAACUGGAACAGUGCUUUUCAGGAUUGUGAAAAGGUCUUGGAGUUAGAACCUGGAAACUUAAAGGCUCUUCUGCGCCGUGCCACUACAUAUAAACAUCAAAACAAGCUCCAGGAAGCCCUAGAAGAUUUGAAUAAAGUACUGAAUGUUGAACCUGAUAAUGAGUUGGCCAAGAAGACCUUGUCAGAGGUUGAGAGAGAUCUGAAAAAUUCUGAACCUGCAUCUAAGACUCAAACCAAAGGAAAGAGGCUGGUUAUCCAGGAAGUAGAAAACUCAGAGGAUGAAGGCGGAAAGGACAGCAGAAGAGCACAGGAGGACGGCCGUGGAGAUAAGCAGGCCGCGGAGCCGGCGGGAGCCGGGAGCGCCGCGGAGCCGCGCGCCAUGGGCAACAUCCAGAAGAAGCUGACCGGCAAAAGCGAGGGCGGCAAGCGGCCAGAGAGGGGCGCGCUGCGGCGGGGUCGUGCGCCCGGAGCCGGCGCGGACAAGCGGGGCCGACCGCGGGUCCCCGAGGCGGCAGGCAGCGCCAGCCGGCACCCGGGCAGCGGGCGGGGCGCCGGGGACCCUGCCGCCGUCGCCGCGGCCCCCGUCCCUGCCGCCACGCUCGGCCCCGCGGACUUGAAGAGCCAGGGCAACGAGCUGUUCAAAAGCGGCCAGUUCGCCGAGGCUGCCCUCAAGUACUCGGCGGCGAUCGCGCAGCUGGAACCUGCAGGAAGUGGAAGUGCAGAUGAUCUAAGUGUCUUAUAUUCAAAUAGAGCAGCGUGCUACCUAAAAGAAGGAAACUGCAGCGGCUGCAUUCAAGAUUGUAACAGGGCUCUGGAACUUCAUCCAUUCUCAGUCAAACCUCUUCUUCGUCGAGCAAUGGCCUAUGAAACUUUAGAGCAGUAUCAGAAAGCUUAUGUGGAUUAUAAAAUAGUGUUGCAAAUAGACUGCAGAAUCCAGCUAGCAAAUGACAGCAUUAACAGAAUAACAAGAAUUUUAAUGAAUCUGGAUGGACCAAGCUGGAGGGAGAAGUUGUCACCCAUUCCUGCUGUGCCCACUUCUGCGCAUUUGCGAGCUUGGCAGCCUGUGGCGGAGACGCCCCCCAACCAAGGGGGAGGUUCCUGCAGCCGGCCCCUGCCCGGCAUCACAGAUGAAAAAAUGUUUAAAACCCUUAAAGAAGAAGGAAAUCAAUGUGUAAAGGACAAAAACUAUAAAGAUGCCCUUAGUAAAUACAGUGAAUGCUUAAAGAUUAACAACAAGGAAUGUGCCAUUUAUACAAACAGAGCUCUCUGUUACUUGAAGCUGUGCCAGUUUGAAGAGGCAAAGCAGGACUGUGAUCGUGCACUUCAGAUCGAUAACGGGAAUGUGAAAGCGUGCUAUAGACGAGCUCUGGCUCAUAAGGGACUCAAGGAUUAUCAGAAAAGUUUGAACGAUCUCAAUAAAGUUCUCCUACUAGAUUCAAGUAUUGUUGAGGCAAAGAUGGAACUGGAAGAGGUAACCAGAUUCCUUAAGGACAAUACAACAUUAUUCAACAAGGAAAAGGAGAGAAGGAAAAUUGAGAUUCAAGAGGUGAGCGAAGGCCAGGAAGAAGAGCCUGGAAGGACCUCGGAGGAGCUCUCCACUGACUGCCGUGCCUCCGAGAACGGAGACACAACCAGUAGUGGGCCACCAGAAUACUCUGAAAAACUACCCAUCACCAAGCCUAACAAUGCCUAUGAGUUUGGUCAGGUUAUAAAUGCUUUCAGUAUGCGGAACGAUAAACGCUGUGCACACCUUUUAACCAUCACAGAACCGAAAGAUUUGCCAAUGUUGUUGAGUAACAAACUUGAAGGGGAUACAUUCCUCCUCCUCAUUCAGUCUCUGAAAAAUAAUCUUGGUAAAGAUCCCUCAUUGGUGUAUCAGCAUCUUUUAUAUCUGAGUAAAGUAGAAAGGUUCAUGAUGAUGUUGACACUAAUUAGCAAGGGCCAGAAGAAGCAAAUUGAACAGCUCUUUGAUGACCUCUCAGACACACCAAACAAACAUUUUACUUUAGAAGAUGUACAGGCCCUAAAAAGGAAGUAUGAGCUUUAAGGCAAGACUAUGGUUAGAUUUCUUCCAUGCAUGUAUGAGUUCCAGUAAUGCUAGUGGGAUGGUAUUGUAAGAGAGUUGCACAGAUAAAACCUGGUUUAGAAAAGAUCCUUUGGUCUGUACUAUAAAAUAUUUUACUUAUUUUUAUACAUAGAACAUGUAUAUUCUACAAUAUUCUUAUUAGUUGUAAAUAUUUUCUUACGUACCAAGAGCUAACAUCUUUAUAUUUAAUAAGUAUAUUUGGAACUUGUUUAAAGUACAUUUUAAUUUAUGUUCUACAUCUUCUUUUAAUUACUCGUUAAAAAUUUGAGUUAAAUUACAUUUCUUUGGGCUAUGAAGGAUUCCUCUAAAGUUUGAUAGAAAUGUAUUUCUUUAAAAAUCAUUAACAAUGAUUAUCACCUUUAUUUCCUGCUAUGAUAUAAAUCAAUCCCCUUUUAUUACUACUUGUGGAUUACAGUCUGCUUGGGUGAAAUGCAACACUUAAGUCUUCUAAUAUGAAAUGAUUAUUAAAUUGUGAUUAAUUCAAGAGCUAUAAGAGGAACUUAUUUUUUCUUACAUGGAAACAUUAAAAAAAGGGCAAAAAUUUUUACUUUUUACUAGAUUUUAAAAAGCUCCUGUCCCGUAUAUAUUGCUUAUGUAAAUAACAAAACCACCACUGUAUAAAAGCAAACUAAGCCUGUGUUUUGUCACCUCCACAUUUUGCCCAAUGUUUCUUUAAAUGUCCCUUUUCCUCCUUUAAGCAUAACCAUAUUUAUUCCCUUAAUGGAAAGUGAAGAAAUCUUAUCAUAUUGAAAGCUCCUUUGUUAAUUGGGUCAAAGUAAAAGUAUUUCUUACAAUAAAACAUUCAGGUCUGU